ACAAUUUCAAUUUCGGCCCUUAGCAGCACUGCUCCAUCGCAUCUUGUAACCUACAACACUACACUAUUCACAAACAAAAUGGCUCUGAAUUUUGCAAACUAAAAAAAUCGCGAUUUUUCCGGCAUCGCAGCGGACCAAUUUAUAUUUAAUAACUCACACCACGUGCCAAGUUCGCUUGUGAACAACCGGAAGAAAUGCAUCUGGACGCGGCGCUUCCCGUAACCGCAGCAUAGCCCCAUGAAAAGUGAACAGCAGCCAGCCGACUCAGCCAAUUUUUUGGCUUUUGUAGGAUACGAAAACUAGUUCUCACAGACGCACACAUCCACAAACGUUCGUAGCCUCUCGCUAGUGCCUUCCCAAAAAUGGAAGGAAUGGAUCUGUGGACUUCGAUGUUCUCCUCUGAUUUCGAUGAGCCAGAGGACGGGGCGGAGGGUGAAGCUGGUCUGGAGGGGGAAGAUGGCGAGCAGUACGGCAAUGGGAAUGGAAAUUCGGAUCUUUUGGAUGCCGACAUGGGCGAUGACGACAUCCUGGAUGGUGAGGAAGAGGACAGGGAGGAGGAGGACUACGACGACGAUGGGGAGGGGGAGAAUAAGAGGAAACGCUCCGGCCCCGAUCCCGACGAUGAUGCCAUCUUCGACUUUGAGUUGCAGCCCAUGAUUAACUUGUCGGAGCAGCCGGAGCAACCGUCGUCGCUAGAAGACAAUGGGGCCAGCAUGCGAGGCCAGUCACUGGCCGGCUCCCAGGGACGUAACCCAAACGCCGGCUAUCCACAGCGGCCAACUACCUCGCAGAUUAACGCCACGGACGAGAACGGAGUGCCCAUCAACUACGAGCUGGGCGUUGUCUACAUUUGUCCUGCGUGCGGUGCAGAGUUCCGGCAGCAGGACCACUGGAAGCGGCACAUGAACCAAAUGCACAAGUACAACACCUUGCGCGGCCUCAACUUUCUGCCGGUGGACAAGCUGUAUCAUCGGUGUCAGGAGUGCAACAAGCGGAUUGCGAUGCACAGUCGGGAGAAUCUGCUGAAGCACAAGUUCACCCACCUGCCGUACAGGUGCACCAAGUGCUACAUCUGCAAGCGCGAAUACAAAUACAGGCAAGAUCUAAUGGUGCACCUGAGAUUGGUGCACUGCGAAGAAGUCGUGGCCAUGAUGCGAGGAGGCUACAAUGCAGCCGGCCGGAAGACCCGUGUCCGGGAGUCUCGCACUGAGCAGUUGCAGAGGGAGGAGGGAUUCACUCAGGACCAAGAUUUGGACCGCAUUGAGGUGCGCAACGAGAUACUCGAACCGGACGCAGAGGAGUCCAAUGUGUUGGAACAUUCAAGGAAGUCGGUAGUCGCCGAAGAGGUGUAUCCUGUUGGCAGGAAGAAGAAAUCGGAGGAGGAGAACGAUGACUUUCAGCUCGCUGCGACACUGUGCGAGGACUACAUUCAUUUCAUUUGUCCGGAUUGCGGCGACGAGUGCAAAGACCACAACCAGUGGCGCCGGCACAUAGAGUUUGCUCACGACUUCAUGAGCCGGCGAGGACUAAACUUCCAGAGCACUGCCGACAUGCAGAUGCAGUGCAUCGAAUGUAAACAGAUUGUAACCCCGAACACCACCAAAACUCUGCGACUGCACAAGUUUAGUCAUCUCCCGCACCCGGAAUGGAUGAACUGCAAGCUCUGCUACAAGGGAUUUUCGGAUCACGUCAAGGCGGUGAAGCAUCUGCUGCGGGAGCAUCACAUUGACACUCUAAUGCCGGAGCGUCCGGGGAAUAUCUCAGCGACCAUCCAUCCAGAGGACGAAUUUGGCGGGGAAGGACGAAAAGGAGAGGGAAACGGGGAUGCGUUGGACGACGAGUCGCCCUAUUUUGCGGAUGCGCCCAGACGCGGUGGUCGCAUCAGCAGUGACGACAUGUUCGAGCCCUUUAUAGACUAUCUCUGUCCGCAGUGCGGCAAGGAGUUCCGCGAGAAGAAGCACUGGCGCACCCACGUGGUCAUGAUGCACGGAAUGAACGACCUGUCGAAGCUGAACUUCAAUGUGAUAGACGAACGGAAGCUGAAGUGCCUCGAAUGCGACAAGAUCAUCACCAAUGCGUAUGGCAUCCAGAAUGCCCAGCAGCACAGGAUCACCCAUUUGCCGUUCAAGGCCUAUGCCAGAUGCACCAAGUGCCACAAGUCGUACACGGACAGGAAGGGUCUGGUGAAGCAUCUGGCCACCUAUCAUCGCAUAAGCGACAUGCCUCGCAGGUCGGCCGGUGGAGAAUCAGGUGGCGGCGGAGAACUUCCGUUGCCCACCGCUCCGAAGCAACCCCGCAAGCAGAUCGUCACGGUGGCUAAUGAGACUUACGAAAUAAUCUACCUGGACGACCCGGAGCCAGCCAUUGAGGAGGAGAACGAUUUUGGGGAGCAGAUGCAGGCGGAGGAAGAGGACUAUCCCCCAGCACCGAUUGCCCCACCGUCGCCACCAAUGCUGCCUCCGGUAUCAGGAGAGGUUGUCUCUCCAAACGAGGCACAGCGCUUCAAAUGCGUCCACUGCGGCGAGGCCUUCGCUUCCCAGGCAGCCGCUAAGCAGCACAGGCUCGAUAAGCACUUCAAGAUAAGAAAGAGGUUGCGCAGUCACCUGCCGACACAGAACUCGGAAUCGUUUGCUCCCCUGCCGACGGUGGAGCAGAACUACAUCUUCCUGUGCCCCUCCUGCGGCAUGGAGUACAAGACGCAGUUCGAGUGGCGGCGCCACAUCAACGACGUCCACAACUUCGACAAGCGCGAGUAUCUGAACAUGCGGCAGCUGGACAAGUAUCGCUACCAGUGCACCCAGUGCAAGGACAUUGUUAGCAACUCGAAGCUGAAGGGCCUGCAGGACCACCACUUCCGUCACCUGCCAUAUCGCUUGUACUUGAAGUGCCUCAUCUGCGGUACCUGCUACAAUCACAAGCCGAAUAUAGCGGCGCAUCUGCGGGCGCGGCACAACAUCUUCGAGAGGGGGGCGCCGGUGAUGGUCACCAAGCCGAGCAAGCAGAUGAACCACCGCUAUCGGGAGGCGGACAGAGAGAAGGCCCGACUUCCAUCACCGAUUCCGGUACCCGAGUCACCACCCAGCUGUUCGUCCUCCUCCUCGGGGGCUGCCAUGAGUCGCACCCUGAAGCCACAGCCCGGGGCGUUGCCCGUUCGACCCGCUGGACUGAACACCCUGGAGGAUAGCAUCUCGUAUCACAAUGCUGUGGACUUGGACUUCAUAACGUACUUCUGUCCGAAGUGCAACCAGAACUUUGACUCGCACGCCUUUUGGCGCAAACACAUCGUGGAGAAGCACAAUUUCAAUAGUCGCGAGGGUCUGAACUUCCGGCAGCUGGAUAACCAUCACUACCUCUGUCUGGAGUGCUACAAGCGGGUGACAGUGACCCACACAAAAGGUGCCAUCGGGCAGUUGCAAUCGCACAAGUUCCGCCACCUGCCCCAUCGCUCCUUCAAGUGCUUGACCUGCGGCGGGGAGUUUGUGCGCAAGCAGAUGUUCUUCAAGCAUCUGAAUCGGGACACCAAUCGCUGCGACAAUCAUCCGCAGCGUGAGCUGGACGACGAGGAGCAGGAACACGAUCAGGAGCAGGAGGGAGCGUUGGCUGUUCGGUCGAUGUACCAGCUGGCGUGUCCCCAGUGCGGCGAUGGCUUCACCACGGUGAAGAGAACUGGAUGGAAGGAGCACAUCAAUGUCUACCACAGUCUCACCAAGCUCGACUUGCUGCACAUGAUCAAGGUGGACGUGGAUCGCUAUCGCUGCAAUGACUGCAAUGAGGAGAUCCGGACAACUCGGCUGCGCGAGCUGCAGCACCAUCGCUUCCAGCACCUCCCCCACCCGGCCUAUGUGCGCUGUAAGCUGUGCGACGAGACUGAAGAUUGCUCGGAAUCGGAAGGGUGCAGGCUGCACAGUCUGCAGGAACUGAAACAGCAUAUCCUGGACAGCCAUAAGGCGGCCAAGGAAAAGGAAUCUAUGCUCGCCAAGAUCCGCGAUCACAUGCGCAAGGAGGAGCAGGAAGACGUAGUGCCAACUGUGGACGAUGACGACAACCAGACUGGUCACGACUCAGGUCCAUAUAUGCCAUUGCCCCCGCACUUGUUGGACGACGGGGACGAUAUGGACUUUGAGGAUCAAUAUCUGCUGGGAUAGGAACUCCUCCCUAGCUGGGAAACUUUUAGUCGCUUAGGUCCCUUUGUGUUUUAAAAAUGUUCAAAUAAUUGUAUCUCGAGCGGAAAGCAACUAAUUUUUUAAAAUAAUUGUAAUCUUACCACUUUAUUUGGUAUAACUGAUUUA